CUCCGCCUCAGGCGGCCCAUCUCAGAUCACGUGACCACUCCAGAUACCCACGUGGGGGCACAGCGUGCACGAAUUCUUUGUGCUCGGGGAACGCGGUAAAAAUACUUCGUCGGGCGACGUGGUACGGGCUCAGAAGGGCUUUCGCUAUAGUGAUGCCGAAGCGUGGGAAAAAGGGAGCUGUGGCAGAAGACGGGGAAGAGCCCAAGAUUGAGCCAGAAGCCAAGAAGAGUAAGGUUGGAGCAAAGAAAAACGAAAAAGAGGCAGCAGGAGAAGGGCCGGUCCUGUAUGAGGACCCCCCAGAUAAGAAAACCUCACCCAGCGGUAAAUCGGCUACGCUCAAGAUCUGCUCUUGGAAUGUGGAUGGGCUUCGAGCCUGGAUUAAAAAGAAAGGUUUAGAUUGGGUAAAGGAAGAAGCCCCAGAUAUCCUGUGCCUCCAAGAGACCAAAUGUUCAGAGAACAAACUACCAGCUGAACUUCAAGAGUUGUCUGGACUGUCCCAUCAGUACUGGUCAGCUCCUUCAGACAAGGAAGGGUACAGUGGUGUGGGCCUGCUUUCCCGCCAGUGCCCACUCAAAGUCUCCUAUGGCAUUGGUGAGGAGGAACAUGAUCAGGAAGGCCGAGUGAUUGUGGCUGAAUUUGACGCAUUUGUGCUGGUAACAGCCUAUGUACCUAAUGCAGGCCGAGGUCUGGUCCGCUUGGAGUACCGGCAGCGCUGGGAUGAAGCCUUCCGCAAGUUCCUGAAGGGCCUGGCUUCCCGCAAGCCCCUUGUGCUAUGUGGGGACCUCAAUGUGGCUCAUGAAGAAAUCGACCUUCGCAACCCCAAGGGAAACAAAAAGAAUGCUGGCUUCACUCCACAGGAGCGUCAAGGCUUUGGGGAAUUAUUAGAGGCUGUGCCUCUGGCUGACAGUUUCCGGCACCUUUACCCCAACACGGCCUAUGCAUAUACCUUUUGGACCUACAUGAUGAAUGCUCGAUCCAAAAAUGUUGGUUGGCGCCUUGAUUACUUUUUGUUGUCUCACUCUCUGUUACCUGCAUUGUGUGACAGCAAGAUCCGUUCCAAGGCCCUGGGCAGUGACCACUGUCCUAUCACCCUGUACCUAGCACUGUGACACCUCCCCUAAAUUACUUUAAGCUGGGGGAAAUAAGCCCCUCAAGCUAGCUUUAAAACUUAACCUCCCCAAACUUCUUUAAAAACUGCUCUUUAAAGAAAUCUGCCUUCAACCAGGCUCCUAGUAACACUUAGGUUUCCUUUAAAACCCCCCCCUUUUUUUUUUACACAUUAAACAAAAGCUACUGAUGACUUUCUUUGAACUGUCCACAUGAAAAUAAAGAGCCAUAGUUUCA